AAGGACAACAACACAGAUAAGGAGAACGGAAGGCAAAAGAACAUGAGGAGGAGGAAGGGGAGGCAAAAGAACACAAGGAGGCACGAGCAACAGCAGGAGGAGCAGGGGGAGGAGGAUGAGGAGAAGGAGAAUGACAGGGAGAAAUAACAGGAGGAGGAGCACGAGGAGGAGGGGAAGAGGAAGAGCAAGAGGAGCAAGUAGAGCUAUAGGAAAAGCAGGAGAAGCAGGAAGACCAGGGGUAAGAGAAGGAGGAGGAGGAAGAGUAGGAAGAGGAGGAAGAGGAGGAAGAGAAGGAAGAGGAGGAAGAGGAGGAAGAGGAGGAAGAGGAGGAAGAGGAGGAGGGAGAGGGAGGGGGGAAGACUGUGGAGGAGUGGGAGAGAACACAGACAACGAGGAGAAGAAGCACCAGGAGAUAGGCGGAUAUGGAAACCCAGGAGGCGAAGGAGGAGGAGGAGGAGGAGGAGGAGGAGGAGGAGGAGGAGGAGGAGGAAAGGUGGGAGAGAAGGAAGACAACGAGGAAAAGCAGCACAAGGAGGAGGGAGAACAGGAGGAGGAUUCCCGCAGGAGGAAGAGGAUUAGACGAAGGUAAGGAGGCGGAAGAUGAUCACAAGAAGGGAAGGAGGAGGAAGAGCAGGAGGGGGAGUAGGACGGGAAGAAGGAUGACGAGGCGGAGAAGCAUGAGGAGGAGAAAACGGAGGAGCAAGAGGAGCAAGAAGAGCAGGGACAAAAGUAGGAGAAGCAAGCAGUAAGGGGAGGAAGAGGGGCAGUAGGGGGAGGAAGCAGAGGAAUGGAUGGCAAGCAGGAGAGGGAGGAGCAAGAGAGAGGAGCGAGGGGAAGCAAACAACGAGGAGGAAGCAGGAGGAUUAAUAGCAGAAGAAGUGAAUCAGAAAGAGGAAGAAGAAUCAGAGUGAGGGAUGGGGAUGAGGCGGAAAACGGGGCAGAAGAAGAGGAGGAGGAGGAGGACGAGGGGGAGCAGGGGCAAAGAGAUGAGCAGGAGUAACAACAGGGACAAGGUAGGUGGAGUUGGAUGCAGAAGAGUCAAGAGGGAAAGGAGGAUGAGCAGGAAUAGAAGAGCAAGAGGAGGGAGAGGAGAGACGGAGAGGAGGUAGACGAGGGAGAGAACGAAGAGUAGGAAGGCGAGGGAGAGGGGGUUAGACAAAGAGGAGGAGGAAGAGGAGAAGGAAGAUCAGGAGGAGCUGGAAGUGGCGGGAGGUCGAGGAGAAAGAGGAGGCCAAGGCCGAAGAGGACGGUGAGAAUGAGGACGAGAAGGUAGGCUGGAGGAGGAGAAGGACAUUGGACAACAACACAUAAGGAGAAGGGAGGGCAGGAGAGGGAGGAGCAAAAGCAGGAGGAGCUGGCCGAGGAGGAUGGGGAGAACGAGAAUGACAAGGAGAAGUAACAGGAGCCGGAGGAGCAAGAGGAGGAAGAGAAGAGGCACAGCAAGAGGAGAAAGAAGAGAGCCAUCGGAAAAUCAGGAGAAGCAGGAAGACUAGGUGUAAGAGGAGGAGGAAGAGGAUGGAAAAAAGAAGAGGGCAAGAGGUAGGAGGAGGAUAGAUCGCAAGGAAGACAAAAAGGACGCUGGCAAUGAGGAGGUGGAAGAGAGGAAGCAGGAGGAGACAACGUUGAGAAACCAGAAGGUGAAGAAGAGGAAGAGCUUGGGGGGGGUGCAGGCGGAGCAGGCGUAGGAGAAGGGAAGGGGGGUAACAGGGAGGAGGUGGGGAAGUGGGGACGGACGAGGAGGAGGAAUACAAGGAAGAGGACGAGAAGAUGAAAUAGGAGUACAAGGAAGAUGCGGAGGAGAAGGAAGAGGAGGAUGAGAAGGAAGAGGGGGAAGAGGAGGAAGAGGAGGACGAGAAGGAAGAGGGGGAAGAGGAGGAAGAGGAGGAAGCGAAGGAAAAGGAGGAAGAGCAGGAAGAGAAUCAGCAGCAGGGGAAGGGGGUGAAAGGAAACGAGGAGGAGGAGAGACCAAUGGACGUACUGGGAAAUUAAUGCUUGAAAAGCUUGUGACAAAAGCUAUGACAAGUACACAAAAAUUACAGCCGCGAACUUGAUGUCCUAGAAAAGAGAGACUGGCAUGCUAGAUGAAGAACAGCUCGGAAUGAGCAUGGGCGAGAUAUUUGUGACCAGGUAGGGCAGGUGAUGGAAUUUAACCAAAUGUCUGUUAGCUGACAACAAAACAUAAGGAGAUUG